CCGCCGCGGCCCGUCCCUCCGCGUUGCCAGGGCAGCGGAGCCGUGGAGUGGGGCAGGUCUUUGUGACUGGACACCAUGCCUCUUCCAGAAACCAUGUUCUGUGUCCAGCAGAUCAAAAUCCCUCCGGAACUACCCGACAUUCUGAAGCAAUUUACUAAAGCUGCUAUUAGGACUCAGCCUUAUGAUGUUUUGCAGUGGGCAGCUGCGUAUUUUUCAGCCUUGUCUAAAGGUGAACCCCUUCCUGUGAAGGAAAGGAUCGAAAUGCCUUUAGCAACAGAGAAAAAAGAUGCUGGUUUGACCCCAGGACUCCUUAAGGUCUUGCACAAACAGCUUUCUUCCAAAGGCAUGGUGACCUUUGCAGAACUGAGGGAUAAAUGGAAGCAUUUGGGCUUGCCAGAGAAGCAGCUGGAAGCUAUCCUGCAACUGGACAGUUUUGGAGAGAAGGUGGAAUGGAUGAAGUUUCUGGCACUUGGGUGCAGCGUGCUUGGUGGGUCCUUACUGAGUUCAAUGAAACAGGCCUGCGAGAUCCUAACAAGAGACCCAGAAGGUGGAGCAGCUCUCAUUCCCUUCGAAACAUUCUCAUUCCUUUAUUCAUAUUUGGCCAGUAUUGAUGGAGAGAUAUCAGAGACAGAAACUAAAGCAUUUCUCCACGGAAUUAAAGAACAAGCGGACAAACACUCUGGCAUGGUGUUGAUCAGACACUUCCUGCCAUACUCCUUUGUAUUUUAUUGAUCAACCCUACUCUUCAGCAUGAGGU